AUGGGCGGCGUACUGGCGAAGGUUUUCGCUGGUGUGACGGAAGGUCUGAGCGUCGAACGGAUAAGGGGGAAUCACGACGCGCAGGAGCCGGGGGAAAAUGCUCGCGGGGAAAUGAUUGGCGGAAGGGUGGAGGCGGAAGACAGCGCGGGGAAGGUGGAGGGGAGUGGGGGAGAGAUGGCGGUGGCGGAGGAGUGGGGGGAGCUGUGGAAGGGGUGUGGCGGAGGGGAGGGUGGGGAAGUGGGGGGCGAGACAGAGGAGAUGGACUGGGCGGGGGAUGGAUGGCUGGCAGAUACUCAGAUUGUGGGGGAGGAUGAGGAGACGCAGGUGUAUGGUUAUGGUGGGAGUUGGAGCCCUAGUAAAUGUGGGAAUGAAAAGGAAAAGGGAAAGGAAAUUGAUUCGAGUUUGGUUGUUGCUAGGGGGGGACCAGAGAAGGUGACAGGGAAAGGGUUAGAGAGGGGUGGAGGACAGACGGAAGGCGGGCUGGGUGAAAGAGUAAAGCAGGGGCGAGGGGAGGAGAGGCAAGAGGGAGAGAGGCGAGAGGGAGAGAGGCGAGAAGCGGAGAGGGGAGAUGAGGAGAGACGAGAAGCAGGGAAGAAGCAAGAUGAGGGGGAGCGGAAAGAGGAGACGGAAGUGGAAGGGGUAGAGCAGAGGGGAGGAGAGGAGGAGACAGAUAAGGGGGUGAACCGAGAAAAGGGUGGGAAGCAAGGAGAGGAGGGGCAGGAAGAGGAGGAGGAAGAAUCACCUGUGAGCGUCAAAGGCAGAGGAGAGGAUACGCAGGUGGACGCCCUCGGUAUAGUCACUCGCCUGCUGGGCUCCGACAGCCAGCACAGCAGCGACGUGCUUCUACAGAGCCUGCUGCUGGGGGGAGCAGGCGGGGGCGUGGGGGGAGUGGCUGGGGGCGUGGGAGAGGGUGCCAACAAGGGAAGCGGGGCAGGGGGGAAGGGAAGGGAGGCACCGAGCUGGGCGAACUGGCUCAAGCCUGUGGGAAAGGCAGGAGGGAUGGUGGCUGAACGGCAAGUGGUGGCUCCUAGCGUGCAGCAGCCGUUGAAGGCUGUGCUGAGGGAAGAUAGGGUGGAUCCGUACGCGUUGCCUUAUAGUAGUGAGGAAGGUAUAGAAGAGGAGAAAGAGGUGGAAGACGAGGAGGCGGAGGGGGUGGAGGGGUUGGAGCAGGAGGGCACAGGCGGCAAGAAGGGCAGGUCAGUGACUGGUGGGCGUGGGGCAAGCGUAGCAGGGCGAGGGGGGAAGAGAGGGAGAGGGGCAGGGAAAGGUGCAGGAGCAAGCCCAAGCCACGGGCUGGAUAGAGAGUACUUUCUGAAGCUGAGUCAGCUGCAGGAGGAGGAGGAAGAGGAGGAGGAGGGGAAGGGGAAGAGAAGACAGUUGUCAAAGUCUUGGAGAGCAGGAGAGGGCGUAGGAGGAGAGGAGAAGGGGAACGGGGGGCAGCAGAGGGAAGAGGAAGGGGAGAAAGAGGAGGGCGAGGGGAGAGCUGGAAAGGAAGAGAAAGCAGUGGGAGUGCGCGAAGAGGAAUCCGCUCCUUGUGAAGUCGAAGAGGCGGGGCUGCAACAUCCGAGGUUGGGGGAGUCAGCUCCUGUGGAUAGCCAGGAAGGAGGACUGCUGCACCCAAGUCUGGGCGACUCUGCUCCUAUGGAGACUACCCAUAUGGGCGGCUCAGCUCGUAGGAAGAAUACCCAUCAGGGCGACGCAGCUAGUAUGGGGAGUAUGCAGCCGAUCGAACCAGUUCUGCCUGUGGGUAACGUGGUGCUGGGGGAAGCAGCAGGCGGGCAGGUGCAGGGAUCAGAAGACGCGGACGGGCUGCCCUUUGAUUCCCAGGCGGUUUGGAUGGACUCGCAAGCGGUGGAGAUGGGUGCGGGGGGGAGCCUGGGCGUGCAGGUGAGCCUGGGGGAGGUGCUAACUGCGGACCUGGAGAUGUCCCAGCGGUGGAUGGAGGGGGGAGAGGGCAGGGGAGGGAGUGAAGAGGGGGGUGAGAGGGUUGAGAAGGAGAGGGAGGGAGGGAGGCGUGGUGGUGAGGAUGAAGGAAAGGAUGAUGGGAAGGGGGAAAAGGGUGGUAAGGAGGAGGGCAAGGGUGGUGGGGAGGGGAGCAAAGAUGGUGGGGAGGGGGGCAAGGGUAGUGGGGAGGGUGAGAAGGUGGGUAGGGAGAGGGAUGCAGGUGUGACACGAGUGGAAGGUUAUGGAGUGAGUACGGGUGGGGAAGGGAUGGGAGGAAGGGACGGUGGAGGGAGGGAGGUGAAGAGAAGGCGAGUGGGGAGUGAAGGAAAGGGAGGAGAAAGGGAAAUUACAGAGGUGGAACGAGCAGCAGAGGCAGGGGGAGCAGCAGGGGAAGGGGGAGCAGUAGGGGAAGUGGGGGCAGCAGCAGAGACAAGGGCGGGAGCAGAGGCAGGAACCGGAAGAGAGGCAGGGGAAGGAGCAGGAGGCAGCACGAGAGCAGCAGCCGCAGCCAGGGAGCAAGUGGGUGCAAAAGGUGGCAGUACUGCAGGCGAUAUUGCUGGCGGACUUGCUGGCAGCGUUGCUUGUGCGUUCUCCCCCGUGGGUGAAGACACUCAGAUUGCACUCGAUGCCCUUGACCUCAUUCUCGUGCAGAGGGAGGGGGGGAAGGCGGAGGGGGAGGGGGAGGUUGAGGAAGCAGAUGAGGGCGGGAGGGGGAAGAGGAAAGCAGCUGGGAGAGCCGCAGCAGCAGCAGCAGCAACAGCCGCAGCAGCAGCAGCAACAGCAGUGGAGAGGCGGGUGGUGGGGCGCAUGACAGACGUGGGGCAAGGGGCAGGGCUGGUGGGACUGGAACGAGCCCUGGAGGAGGAAGGGGAGCCAGGAGGGGGAGGUGCGACUGGGGAAGAAGGGAAAGGGGGUGGAAAGAAGGUGGAUGGGGAAGGGGAGCAAAGCAGGGAGACUGGGAAGAGGAGAAGGAAUUCGCUCGGGCUGCACGAUGGGUUCUACGAGCUGCUUGAGUCGAGUGAGAGUGAUAAAGGGAGUGAGAAAGGGAGUGAGAAAGGAAGUGAGGAAGGGAGCAAGAAAGGGAAUGAAGAAGGGAGUGAGAAGUGGGUGGAUAUUGCGAGUGACGUGGAGAGUGAUGAGGGUGAGGAGGAAGAUGAGGCGAAGGCGAGGAAAAGGCAGAAAGGCUCGACUGCUGGAGGCAAGCAGGCAAGGAAGAAAGGCGAGAAGGUGAGGGAGAAGGAGGUGGAGCAGAGGGGGUCAGAGAGGGCACAGGGAGGUGGAGCGAGGCAGCAGAGGGGAAAGGCAAGGGCAGAACGCAAGGCAAGCGCGGAGAGCAAGGCAAGGGAAAAUGUGCAGAGACAGGAGGAGCUUAGUGGGGCAAAGGCACGGACGGGGAAUAAUAAGAGUGAAGGGAGUGAGAAGGAGGAGGGACAGGCGGAUCUUAAAGAGAGUAAGACGAGGGGAAAAGCAGUGGAGCAGGGGAAGGGAGUGGUGGAAAGUGAAGGAACCGGGGGGGAUGAUGCGUCCAGGGUAGGGAGGAGCACGAGUGGUAAACGUCAGGGAGGCAAGAGAGUGUUGGCAACAGAAGGAGAUGGGGUGGAGCAGAAGCAAGCGAGGGGCUCUAAAGAAGAAGUUGGAGAAGAAAGCGGAGGAGAACAGAGAGGUGGAGAGGGGCAGGAAUGGGUGGAGGGAGUCGGAUUUCCAGGGAGGGUGAGAAGAAGACGGAGCAGCAGCGGUUCAGCAGGCUCGCAUCGAACCGGGUUGCAUGGUUUGUCUCCAGUGCGGGUACUGUUCAGCCGAUCCCUGGACGGCGACACGAUCGCUGAGCUGACGAGAAUAGUGGAGAGAUUAGGAGGAGAUGUUGUCUGUGAUACCUCCCCUGCCACCAUCACCACUGCCUCUGCCCUCUCCUCCUCCUCGUCCUCCUCUCCUGUGGUUGCGUCUGCCGCUCCUGCUGCUUCCAUCUGCACGCACUUUGUCUCGGCGCCCCGAAUCACCCGCUCGAUCAAUCUGCUUGUUGCUAUCUCCAGGGGCUGCCACGUGUGCACUGCUGAUUGGCUGCAUGCGUGUGCGAAGGCGCGGGGGUUUGUGGAUGCGGGGGAGUAUGGAGUGAGGGACAGGGUGAAGGAGAGGGAGAUGGGUUUCAAGCUGGGAGAGGCAGUGGGGAGGGCGAGGGAGAGAGGGGUGUUGGAGGGGCAGAGAGUGUUUGUGACUCCCAACACCACCCCUGAUGCAUGCUCACUUGCUGCUGUUGCGGCUGCUGCUGGUGCUGAGGUUUCGCCAUCUUUGACUGCUUGCACUGUCCCCACGCUGAUUGUUUCGUGCCAAGUUGACCGAUCCAUGUGGGACGCACAUGCACUGAAAGGUGUGCCUGUAUUUUCACCCGAGUUCCUUCUGACAACAGCGAUGCGUCAACAGCUAGACUGGGGAAG